GAAGCAGAACGCAUGCGCAGUGUCUAAUAAAAACGAGUCGGUUAAAGUUGAAACCAACGCUGUUUAUCAAGCACAGUAUUUUAAGGAAAGAAGUAUAAUGGCGUCUGUUCCUCCCCUCUCUUCUCUGCGCCUGCUUGUUCCUCCUCUUCGUCUCACAUCCGCCUUGAUGUGGCAAAUUGUCCAGGAUCAGAAUGUGGAGCAGUUUGGAAAACUGGAGGAAUUUGUUUCUGUAAUGACAAACCUUGUCCCUGAAAUCUUAAGUAAAAGACAGAGGGCGACUUUGAUAGUCGGUUUGCGGGCAAAGAUGAUUCUUGAGAUGUGUAGAGGUGAACUCCCAGCAGACCUUCAGACUGUUAAGUCACACAUUCAGCGCAUUCAGACCACAGAUUUAUUAAAGGUGAAUGAUUCGGACAUGGAGAAUUUACAGGACAGUGUUCUUCAGCUUGUUCUGGGCUUGCUGGAAGACUCUUUUAAAAGAGAAUACUUCUUUCAGGAGAUAUUUCCAGUAGAGUAUGGUCCUGACUUUGAUAAAGCAUUACAAGUCCUUGUAGGCUUUUUUCUUUCCAGAUUGGAACAGCUUCUGCCUGUACCAAACUUCAAACAGGUUUCAUUGCUGCUCAGCUGUCACCCUGCAGAGUUAGAUGCAUGUGUAAACUCUGUCUGUAAAUCACAGAAUUUACUAUCCUUGCUGCAGACUGAUGUGUGUGGGACUUUGGAAAAAAAUGUUCUUCCCUCCAUAGUUGAGGAUAGAAUAGUCUCGUCAUUGUCUCUGCCUCCCAUCAGUCAUUCUUCCAUUAUAAACCAGCACAACGAUGAUGGCAAGUUACAAGUGCCUGCUUGUCCUGAUAACCUGCUAAUUAAAGAACACAGUGUGGUCCAGGAGACCAAGACAAGUGAUCCCAAUGUCCAAGAUGUAGGAUCAAGCUCCGGCAGUGUGGUCCAGGAGACCAAGACAAGUGAUCCCUAUGUCCAAGAUGUAGGAUCAAGCUUCGGCAGUGAAUCAUCAGAAUGCUCAAGAGACAGAGAUGGAGGAAAGGAAAUUAACUCUAAUGCAGAUGAAUUGCAAAAGAGUAACGCAGAAGAACCGAAUGUACCAUUAUCCACUACUAAUGCCCAACGAGUUUUUAAAGCUGCUGUGCCUCUUCAGCAUCCGACUCUUGACACCUUUCCGAAUAAACCUUCUAAAGGCUUCCAUUAUGCUGGCAGGACCGUCCACAAAUGUCAGCAGUGUACAAAAUAUUUCAUAUAUCGCACUGAUCUUCUCAAGCACCAGGAAAUUCACACCAUGGAGGGGGGACACAAGUGUCCUCAAUGUGGGCAAGUUUUCAGCGAUUUGACACAACUGGCUUCACACAGAAUCACUGGCUGCAAUGCCAGAGUUUUCGAAUGUGUCAAGUGUACAGCCCAUUUUAGAUCUCUAAGAACCCUGUACAGACACAACAGAGUACACAAAGAGAAAACCACACACAAAUGCCCUGAAUGUGGAAGGCUUUUCACAAGUCUGUCAAGGUUAGUUGGUCACAGACGAGUUCACAAAUCUCCUUCAAUUAAAAGAAGUUACAACUGUAAACAAUGCAGCGAGACUUUUGGGUCAUACCGAGCCAGUUUAAUUCACCAGAAGAUCCAUAAAGUCAAAGACGUCCGCCCGUCCAAACCAGAACAGCAACCAGGAAAAUGUCGUUUUUGUGACUUAACAUUCAGUGUUGACAGUGAAUUAAGAAGCCAUCUCAAGACACAUGCAGAGUUCCGACCGUAUAUAUGUGACCAGUGCGGAAAGUGCUUUUCAGCAAACAGUAGCCUUCUUGCCCAUCUUUCAAACCACACAGGAGAGAAACCUCUCCUUUGCUCGCAAUGCGGAAAACGCUUUUACAGCAAGAUCCAAUUGAAAUCUCACAUGAGGUGUCAUUCUGGUGAACGGCCACACAUCUGUCCAUACUGCAAUAAGCAGUUUUCUCUGUCUGGGAAUUUGAAGAUUCACAUCAGAAUUCACACAGGAGAAAAGCCUUAUGUUUGCCAUCAGUGUGGAAAAGGGUUUGUGUCUGCGGGAUGCUUGCAAGUGCAUCUGCGCUCUCACACUGGAGAAAAACCAUAUCAGUGCAAAAUCUGUGGCAAGAAAUUUGUAGUUUCAAGUCAUCUGACAGCUCACAUGUGUUUUCAUACUGGAGAACGUCCACAUUGCUGUUUACAGUGCGGCAAAAGAUUCAUCCGGCGGUAUGACUUGAGCAAGCACAUGUACACUCAUAUUGGGAAGCGGCCUUUUCCAUGCCCACUGUGCUCGAAGGCAUACACAUGUCGCACACACUUGAACAGGCACAUGAAGAGCCACAGUGUUUGACGCAAAUCAUUUUGUUAGUGCCUUUUGGAGUAAAAAAUGUCUGUGAUAUUUAAAAAUGAAUAGUUUACAUAAUAAUAAAACAUAAUCAUUUACAUACAAAUUCCCAACCUGUAUGCGAUUUUCUGUGGAAUGUAAAGGAGAAAUUACGAAUUUUGUUUUCCUUUCCUUAGGUUUGUUAAAAAAUGCAGUCUGCAAAAGUAGUCUAUUUAUGUGUGUUAUAUUCCUAGUCCUACAUUAACUUUAACAAGCAUUUCCCCUCCAGUGAGUUGUUAAGUGUUUUAGUUAGGGAGUUAAAAUUUAAAGCUCAGCAAAACUUUUUGUUAUAUGGUAUUGUGUACUAAAACAGCCAAAUAAAAAAAUAUUCCCAAUUUCCCAUGACAAAGAUUAUCAGAAUAUAAGAUUAUUUCAAUGGUUUGUUUCUCACACAGUGGUUUCAGAAGAAAAUAACAUGCAAUGCAUGUGGACUGUUUUCAUACUGCUGUUUCAUUGUUUUUUAUUCUUCGUUUCUAGAUAAACUAGUUCACUCACAGGUUAAGUGAAUUAUUUUGAGAUGGUGUGACUAUUUUUUAUAUGACCCCUUUUAUUUAAAGGGGUCAUAUGGUGCGAAUAUGUGUGUUUUUCUAUGUCUUUGGUGUGUUAUAAGUUGCCAAUGCAUGUAUUAGACACGUACAAUUGCAAAAAUUAAAGUGUCGGAACAAAAGAUGCAUUCUAUCUAAAAGCUAUUGCUCACCCAGACCUGCCUGAAACGCCUCGUGUAACCACACCCCCACAUAUCUACGUCAUGAUUUGACUUAGAUUGCCCAAAUGUAUACGCAAGGUUGGUUGGAGUACCUGUCAGUACAACUGCUUUGGAACCUGAUGUUCCAAAUAUGGGGAGAGGCGUUACAUAUCCGUCACACGCUUGCAGUAUUCAACCAAUCACUAUGCACUGGUUAACUGGCCAGUCAUAGCACACCUCGCUUUUCACGUUUUCAUAGCCAUGAGCUUUGUAAAAAAUCUGUGCGUUUCAGAGAGGCAGGGCAAAGAGGAGAUACAAACAUGCACGGUAUGUGGAAAAUACAGCGUUUUUGAACCUUAAAUCAUGUAUACACUGCAUUACAUCUAGAACAAACUAUAAUAUUCGUUUUAGACAUGUCAUAUGACCCCUUUAAACUCCAGUGCUAUUGUACUAUGUGAGCUGCAGUUAAUUAACUACAAAAAAGUCAUACAUUAACAAUCAAAAGCAGCUGUUCUUAAUGUAGUUCUGAGCCAUGGAUUAUUUAAGAAACAAAGGCCUAGUGCCCAUGUAUUGUUUUCUUUUCUUUAGCUUUAAAUGACUAGAUAAACAAAAAUCUGAGUCAGCCUAUUGGUAAGCAACUAUGAAAUAAAUUUGUUGCAUGUCAUAGCCAUAUACUAAAGAAAAAAAGCUCCUUUUUAGAUAAAGUGGGAAAUAAAAAAAUAUCUCAUCUUUUACCCAUUUUUUACCAUCUAUAGGACAAUACAUUUUUUCCAGCAUCUGUGGGAUAAAUUAUUAGGUAUUUAGUGUAACACUUGAGCAAUAGCAGGAAUCUAGCUCUCUAAAUGUAAUGGAACAACCCAGUCUCUUACUACUGCGUAUAUAUACCACGAGUUUGCACUUUCGUUUUGCGUAGUAUUUACACGCCAAAGUCGCAGUUUGCGUUCAUACUGUAUGCAAAACCCUCCCGUUAAACUUCCAUUGAUGGAAAACGCGUAUGCAUCGCACGCAGAAAUGUAUUGUAGUCAACGCCAUAACCGUCGUCCCGCCCCUUCAAUCGCGCUUUCAUGCGUUUUUAAUUAAUUAAUUUAUUGAUUGAUGAUUGAUUUUCCCUCUUUACAGAAGCAUCCACAGAAACGAAUCUGAGCUUGCUCAUUAAUUUGGUGAUCAUUUUUCCAAACGGGAAACAAAAUGCUUGCAGCUUCAAUAAUUGAACGUGGAAAAUAUACGCUAGCUAUAACAGUUAUAUAUCUGCUAUAUGUCUGCUUUAAUCCUUUUUCUGCUUUUGUGAUUUUUUGCUUGUGUUUAAUGUUACACGCAUUUUCGUUUUUUUCUGAUAGUAUUUGGAAUAACGAAAGUAUUAACUGAUGAUGGUGUUGAAUUAAUGAAUAAAAUGACGUAAUUGUUCCAUCGCAUGGAAACCAAUCAAAUGUUCCAAACAUAUUUUAGCGCCAUCAUCAUUAUCCCGCCCCUCACUGUCCAGUGCUUCAAGAGUUCACGUCGUGCAUUGUCGAAGGCUUCAAUGAUCAGAACACAAAACAAAAUGUCCAGAGGCUCUUUAGAAGCAGCACUUCUUCUUGGAGUUGUGUUUGUUGACCAGAUACAG